UAUAUAUAUAUAUAUCAAAGUUAUAAUAUCUGAGGAUAUGUAAAGUAAAUAUUUUGAAGAUAUAAAAGAAAAAGUUUAUGAUCUAAAGAUAGAGGAUUUUUGAAUAAUGUGUAUUAUAAGUUAUAGUAUUGUAUUUGAUCACGAAUAAACCCAACGACAUACAUAUUGAUAUACUUAAGAAAAUAUUUAAUCGAAUGUAUCGAUGUAAAGUCUGUGUUAUAGUCGAAUUGUAUAUAUUCGAUUUAAGUUCUGGACGUAUUUUAUUUUGUCAAAGUUUUAUGUGAAAAUGUCAAAUGAAAUAAAAAAAGCUCUUAAAGCGGCUCGUGAUACAUUUAAAGAAAAGAAGUAUGUAGAUGUGAUUAAGAAAUGUAACAAGAUAUUAAUGAAAGAUCAAAAUAAUUAUAACGCACUUAUGUUAUUGGCGGCCGCAAUGAAAGAAGUUGAUGAAUAUAAUCCACAAGUACCAUUAAUUCUCCAAAAAGGUAUAAAAAUCCAAGCAGACAAUCCAUUAGCUUGGUACGGUUUAGUAUCUUACUAUGAAAAGAAGUUGGACGAUAAUGAAUGUUAUAACCAACUAUUAUUAGCUUACUGUAAGCUUUUGGAAAUAGAAAGUGACUCUAAAUUUACAAAUAUUAUGAGUAGAAUCUCAAAACUUUUUACACAACUUAAGGAUGUUGCGACUAUAACACAAUGUAUUGAACAUUUAAUUGAAUUACGGAAGAAUUUGGAUGAUAACAAAAUUAAGGUCAUUGAUAAAACGCUUGGAUGGCUGCUAUUAGAUAAUUUUUGCAAUCUAAACAAAUAUCAAAAUUUGUUAGAAAGUAUUUUUAAAUCUACAAUUAAUGAUCUUGAUGCAACUGACCAACAAAAUUUUUAUACAAAAUAUUUAAAAAUUUUAUAUGACAAAGAUGAAUUAGUUGAUUUGGUAAAAGAAGCUAUCAAUAUGCAUCAGCGAUUCCCACAAGAUAUAAUACCGUUAGAAUAUAUAUGUCUUGCUUACUCGGAACGAAAUAUCUUGGAUGAAAAUUUUACUGACGUCGGUAUAACACAAUUUUAUGAAGGUUGCUUAAAAUUGAACAAAGAGUGUGAAGCAGCUAAAAUUGCCAAAGUACUUGAUUUAGCAAAAUCGGGCAAUUUGAUUAUAGCGCGAGAUAUAUUGAAAGAUAUACUUGUAUCAACGCCGCGCUCAGUACGUGGUUGGAUGGCAUUAAGUCAAAUAAAUAUGAAGCUUUACUGUUGGGAAGAUGCCGAAGUUGCUGCCAAGCGAGUAUUAGAUAUGAAGAAAUAUAAAAUAAAAAAUAAAUUAUUAUAUAAAAUGAAAGAGACGUUAGUUGAAGCAAUGAGUUUAACCAAUGACAAAUCUAAAUGGGAAACUGCAUUCCGAAUGUGUGAACAAAUACAUCGAGAUACUUCAGCGCGAUUGGAUUUGAUUCGUGUACAUCUUAGCAUAUUGUUACAUCAGCCAGAUGUAGAGAUUCUGCUGAACAAUUUGGAAUCAAAAGAUGAAACCAGAACACAUACUAAUAUUCUUCGAGCGUUAUAUUUAAAACAAAAUAAACAAUACGACGAAGCUGUGAAUAUACUUGAUUCAGCCGUCCGAAAGUCAGGCUUGGCUCAAACUUCCCAAGCGUGGUUACUUCUUGGUACAAUCUAUUGGGAAAUGGCAGAGUAUAAUUACAGCUUGAUGGCUUUUCUGAAUGGAAUAAAAGCCGAUCGUUUUAAUUGGAAAUGUCUAGUUUAUUUGGGACAGUACUAUCGUGACUAUGGUAAUGACAUGGAACGUUCUAGGAGGUGUUACCAAACCGCAUUACAAAUUAAUCCAAAUUCUGAAGAAGCUGGUAUUGGAUUAAGUACGGCGUAUAGACUUCUUAAAAAUCGAGAUGCAAAUAUAAAAUUGUUACAAAUGUUAACUGCUCAAGAUAGCGGUCCUAGAUGGGCGUGGUUACAACUCGGUUUGCAAUACCUUGAUCAAGGAAAUGCGGAGCAGGCUAUUAAAGCGUUUCAAUAUGUUAUUAGAGCUGAUCCCAGUGAUAGCCACUGUUGGGAAUCGCUAGCGGAUGCGUAUUUUAUAAGAGGUGCCCACACAUCAGCAUUAAAAUCUUAUCAGCGAGUAUUAGAGUUAUGCCCAAAAUUAUUAUAUCCAAUGAUACAAUUAGCAUAUAUAAAAUUGAUUAUUGGACAGUAUAACGAAGCAAAGAAAGACUUUGAACAAAUAUUGAUAAAUAAAUCAUGUUAUAUUCCUGCUUUAAAAGGAUUGGCUGAAACCUGUUUGGCUUUAGCAAAAGACUAUACCGCUAAACAACUUCUGGGUCGUGUGAAUGACUAUUUGCAACAAGCAAUGGAUAGUUUAACUGUAGCUAUUAAAGAGCGUAAGGAUAUAUCUUGUCUCUGGAAGUUACUUGGCGAUGUGUGUUACAGAGUUGCAAUGUUACCAGACAAAUACAGUCAUUUAAAAGUAUCAUCUAUUCUAAUAAAAUAUGAGAAUGUCGAACAUAUUGUAUUGCUUAAACGAAUAGAUAUGUUCUCAUUAUCUGCAAGAUGUUAUUGUUGUGCAUUAUCUCUUUCUCCGGAAUCAGUAUUUCUGUGGUAUGAUUUAGCUUUAUGCUAUUUAAUGCAAUUACAGCAUGAUCCAUCGAUCAAUCAUAAAGAUCAUGCUAGUAAGUGUCUAGCUGCUGCAAAACAUGCUGUUAAACUAUGUCCUUCAACAUGGAAACAUUGGAAUCUUCUGGGUAUUAUUUGUAUGUCACCGUACGUAAAGAACUAUGCAUUGGCACAACAUGCUUUCGUAAUGGCGAUUGAUAAGGAAUUAAAUAAUGCUAUAGUAUGGUCUAAUUUGGGAACUUUAUAUCUAUAUAUAGGAAGUUUAUAUAAAGCAAACGAGGCUUAUUCUCGAGCUCAGCGUGCAGAUCCGUCAUAUAUAAAUAGUUGGAUUGGGCAAGCUUUAAUUGCAGAAAUGAUGAAUCGAAAAGAAACAGCAGAUCUAUUUAGACAUGCAAGACAAUUAGGAUAUCAUAGUCAAGCUGCCAUAGGAUACACUCAUUGGGUACUUAAUAUGAUUUUAGGUCCUAACACCAAACAUGACAUUUUAUAUAUAGAUACAACACAAAGUAUGCAUGCAAUAUCUUCUGCUGCGGAUGUUAUGACGUGGUAUGUAGAGAAUCAUCCAAAUGAUUGUUACGCUCGAAAUGCAUAUGGAUUAUUAUUAGAAAGACAGAGACUUUAUAAAUCAGCUGCAGAACAAUUUGCCGUAGCUGUAUGUAAUAGUACCAAAAACGAAAAAGACCUUGUUUCUAUAAAUUUAGCACGUGUAUUAAUACGACUGAAAAGAUACAACGAAGCAAUAAAAAUAUGUCAAGGAGUUGCAAAUAUCAACUAUAAUUCUCAAUGCAAUCUUGCGUUAGCGUUAUUCAAAGCUCAGCUAUAUGAAGAGGCGUAUAAUACAUAUGAAAAAACUCUGCAUUCUUUCGCGAAUACUGAAGCACAGAAAUCAUAUACACUGUGUGCGAUGGCUGCGAUAGCAUAUUCUUUCCACAGAGUAAAUGAUGCAAAAACUUUACUUUUUCAAUGCAUACAAAUACAGCCUCCAGAUAUAAUGGGUCUUUUAGCGGCCGCAUCGUUGGGGAUAUUACAUGGCGAUAUCAAUUUAGCUGUAUUAGUACUAAAAGAAUUGGAGUUUUAUGUACCUCAUCCUGAAUAUGGUCAUCAUGUUCUAAGAUUAUUUGCAUAUUAUCAUUUGAUUGGAGAUAAUGUUCAAAAUGCCAUUACUAUUCUUUCUAAAGAAAUCUUUAGAUGUCCUGGUAAUGUAAAAUAUUGGACUAUAUUACUCAGGAUAUUAUUAGAAACUGACUUACAACUGUUUAGUAGAUGUGCACAAAAAGUAUUGUUUCUUAAUAGAAAUAUUAUUACUGAAAACCAUGCACAUGUUGCAUGUGCUUUAUCCUUUAGCUGUUUCAUGCAAAAUAUGGGACCAGCAAGUAUUAGAUCUCUGCAGAAGCUUCUAUUUACUUAUCCCGCUAGCAUUGAAAGUUGGGCAAUGUUCAUUGCAGGAUUUUUAUCAAGGCGUACAAUGAAAAAAUGUAAAAUGAACGUCGAGUGGUUCUUAACAUUUAUAAGUAACAUACAACAGUCGUAUCAGCCUACAUAUUUCAUGGCAAAAUGGUUAAAUGACACUAAAAUAAAAUUGAAACAGCUCAAUUAAGUGGGAAGAUCUAUUUUGUUUACAGAUUGUAAAAGGUAUUUUGUAAUGUAUGUACAAAUUAAUUUAUACAGUGCUUUAUUGUACUGCGUUUUUAAGAAAUGUUUUAUUGGAAUUUAGAAUUGUUACAUUUUUAAUCAUGGAUUAUUAAAAUAUGAUAGUGAGGGUUCGGUGUAAUAGAACUAAUACGUAAGGAUACUUUUAACUUCAGCGAUUUUUGAUUAAUCAAUUGUGGUUCCGUAUUUUCAGCAGUCAUUUGUUAUAAAAUUUUUGAAAAUGAAAAGUAUACUAAAUAAACUUCAUUUGUUUGUCAUUCAUAUUCAAUAUUUCUGUGUAUUUAAGUUCGCACAUUAUUCAUAGAGGAGGAAGAAAACAAAAUUCGGUAAUUUUUGGUAAUUCCCCGGAUAACUGCAAUAACAAGUUUUCAAAUAUGCCGCAACUAAACAACCGCUAUUGCACAUAGUUUGAUAAAAUAAUAAUUGCUAAAAUAAUAAGUCAAUUAAAUAGUAUCAAAAUCAUCAAUAUGAAAUUUUUCAUUGAAAUUUUAUAGAUUUAAAAUUGUGGAUUUUUAGAAAAAUUUUUUCUAUAAAAAUAUGAAUAAGAAAGCUAAUAUUCCUUAGGUUUUUUUCCAUUGCAUGCUCUUAAAUUUCUUUAAUACAAGUCUUAUAUAUUAGUUGUCGGUACUUGUAGUAUUAAAAUGUUAGAAAUUCUAGGAAGUAAAAUAAUAGAGUAUCGUUAAGGAGAAGAUUCUAUCUUGUUUUUGUAUUUUCAACAUUUUUGUAAAAGAUAAAGAUUAUAUUGCGUCCGUAUCGAUUCUUGUUUCCUACUGAUAGAAUAUGUCGUUUUAUUUAAAGUAUUUUAUAGAUUAUGUAAAAAAACAUUGCUCACAUGUUGAUAAUUGUGCAUCGAAUAAAGAAUACUAAGUAAAUAUUAA